AUGGAGGUAUCAAUAGAAACAUUAAAGGAAAAGUUUUUAAAUAUGAACAGUGACAUUGAAUUAAUAGAAAGGAAAUUAAAAGAUGAGAUGGGGAAAUUAUACGAAGAUAAUAUAAAUCCAUAUUAUUUAUUAAACGAUUUCGAUAAAAUUAAAAAAGAUUUAGAGAAUAUACAUAAGGAACUGAAUAAUUUGUAUAUAAAGAAAAAUAUGAGCAUAAAAUAUUUACAUAGACAAAUGCAAAAUUAUAAUUUCUUAUUAAAUUUAGAAAAUAAUUUAAAUUCUCCUUCAAAAUAUUUUCAUAAUUAUCAUAGUUCAGAAAUAUUAUUAAAGAACUAUUUUUAUGAAGAUAUCAAAAAUUUUUUAUUAAAUAUAAAUUAUAAUGAAAUAAAUAAUUUAAUUUUUCAAGAAUAUCAACAGAAGUAUAUGGAUAGGCAAACACCAGUACAAGCAAAUAUAAAUAAAAUAUAUAAUGAACAUAUGAAUUCAAAAAGUUUUAAUUUAAAUUCAUCUACUGGAACAAUUGAGUAUCAUGAAAUGGAAAAGCAAGAUUUAUACACAAAUGGUAUGUCUAAUAUGAAUAAUAUGAAUAGUAUGAAUAGUAUAAAUAAUAUGAAUAAUAAGAAUAAUAUGAAUAAUAAGAAUAAUAUGAAUAAUAUGAAUAAUAACGAACAUGAUGAUCUAAGAAAUAUAAAUGAGAAAGAAAACUUUUUUGUGCCAAUAGACGAUGCAACUUUUCAAACAGUACCAGCUCUAAUAAGAAGGAGGGCAAAAUUACAGGAUAUUAAUAUGAUUUAUAAAACAUUAUAUGAUAUGGCUAUAAAAUCUGGAAAUUGUCUCCCCGUGGAAAAGUUAGAAUUGAUGAGAAUGAAUUUACAAGUAUUUGGACAAACAGGAGAAGCUAAAAUCGCCACAUUAAGAUAUUUAAAAAUUAUAGAAGUCCUUAAUAAAAAUUCUUCGGUUAGGCUACUUGAGUGCUUGGGCUUAAAAAAGAAAAAAAAGAAAAAAAAAACAUGCAUAGGAAAAUAA